UUAGUGCAAAAUCAGGGCUGGUCGGGCCUAUACCAUCUGGUAACACUGAAUUGAAGAUAGUUCUGGAAUUUCGUAGUUUUAAUUAAUAAUAAAAUCAGAUUUAACAAAGCAAAGCAGCCAAUAUGUCGGACUGGGACUCUGUGACUGUUCUGCGGAAGAAGGCACCCAAAUCGUCGACCCUCAAGACGGAAUCGGCGGUCAACCAGGCGCGCCGCCAAGGAGUCGCCGUGGAUACCCAACAGAAGUAUGGUGCUGGCACCAACAAGCAGCAUGUGACCACCAAGAACACUGCCAAACUGGACCGCGAGACCGAGGAGCUGCGCCACGACAAGAUCCCUCUCGAUGUGGGCAAGCUCAUCCAGCAGGGACGACAGAGCAAGGGCCUCAGCCAAAAGGACCUGGCAACUAAAAUCUGCGAAAAGCAGCAAGUGGUAACCGACUACGAGGCCGGUCGCGGUAUUCCAAACAACUUGAUUCUGGGUAAAAUGGAACGCGUUCUUGGCAUUAAGCUGCGCGGCAAGGAGCGCGGCCAACCAAUAGCGCCUCCCGGUAAAAAGUGAGAUGAUGCUGCCGCGUCCGCCGCCAGUGGUGCUCCACACACGGCCACCUCAGCACGCAGUGCCCGGCAACAGAACCAUCAACACCCGGAUUCUGGAGGCUGGAGCACUGUAAGCGGCAGACGCAAAUGA